AAAAACUGCCAAAAAGCGGUGCGGCACCGUUUCAGAGUUGUCAUAAAACGGUCACCGUAUACCAGCUCCUCGGUCUCUCUCUCUCUCUCUCUCUCUCUCACACACACACACACACUGCGCUUACUCUACUCUUUGAGAGUUUUACAGAUAAUGCUUUCUCUACCAUCGAAUCUCAACCUACGCUUUCAUAACAAUACCUUUCUCUCUUCUCGAAUACUCCCCCAAAGUAAUACAUCCUACAGCAGUCUUAUCUAUAGGAAUGGUCGGCGCAGAAGCAAUUCUGAAAAUUUUGUACAUUACACAAUUAAGUGCAGACUUGCUCGGGUGAAUGAGUCUCCUUCCUCAAGCCCUGAUACUUUGAUAAAGGAACCCCACAAGUAUUUUGAUCAGGUUAUUAUCACAGUCCGUGCGGGAGAUGGAGGCCAUGGUGCUGUUCUUAACAUGCCUAACCCGAGAGCUGCUAAGCCUCAAGGAAAACAGGACAAGGAGAAGAUGUGGAAGAAAAGUGCGUAUAAAAGGGACUUUGAUGGAUCACUUAUACUUCCCAUGGGUGGGCAUGGAGGAGAUGUAGUAAUAUAUGCAGAUGAAGGAAAGGAUUCAUUAUUGGAAUUUCACAAGAAAGGCCGGUUUAAUGCAAAGCGUGGUGGAAAUGUUGAUGCAAUGGGUGUUUUGACUUCACAAUUGCGUAAUGGACUUGCCUCACCAACUUUGCGUAUAGCUGUGCCUUUAGGUACGGUUGUGAAACGUAAACGUGGGAAGUUGUUGGCUGAUCUAGCGCGUCCAGGUGAUGAAAUCCUUGUUGCAAGAGGUGGACAAGGAGGGAUUAGCUUGUUAGAAAUGCCAGAGCAUCGAAGGAAAAAGUUAAUGGCUUUGACUACAAAUGUGAUGAGAGAUGAUAGUGAUAAGGUUUUAGUUCUUGGUCAACCUGGGGAGGAGGUUAGUUUGGAGUUGAUUCUACGUGUCGUUGCUGAUGUUGGUUUAGUUGGACUUCCAAAUGCUGGAAAGUCAACCCUUCUUGCAGCUAUUACUCUUGCAAAACCUGAUAUUGCUGAUUAUCCUUUCACAACAUUAAUGCCAAACCUUGGACGGCUUGAUGGUGAUCCUAGUUUAGGGGCGGGGAUGUACUCAUCUGAAGCAACAUUGGCUGAUUUGCCCGGUCUUAUAGAAGGUGCUCAUUUAGGGAAGGGUCUUGGUCGGAAUUUCUUGAGGCACCUGAGGAGGACACGGCUAUUGGUCCAUGUUGUUGAUGCAGCUGCUGAAAACCCUGUAAAUGACUAUCGAACAGUAAAAGAAGAAUUGCGAAUGUACAACCCCGAUUACCUUGAAAGACCAUACAUUGUGGUGCUAAAUAAGAUUGACCUCCCAGAGGCAAGGGAUAGGCUUCCAUCUUUGACUGAAGAAAUUAGGACAAUUGGAAGUGAUGAAGUACCUUCAGAGCCAGAAAGAGGCUCUGAUGAUGAUGCUCUUCAAUCACUGACCACUGAAGGUGGACAUGCAGAUGUAUCUUCUCCGGGCAUUAAUAGCAAAGAUAAAAAGGAUAAAGAAAUCGAGGACUACCCACGCCCCCUUGCUGUUGUAGGAGUUAGCGUUCUGAAAGGAAUCAGGAUCAAUGAGUUGUUGAAGGAAAUAAGGGCAGGUUUGCGGAAAGUUAGAGAUCCCAAUGAAACUUUGGAGUUAAGUGUGGGACCAUGAAGUUGGGGCCUUAAAGGCUCCCAUCAAUUGCACUGCCAUUUUUCAGCCUCUGGUAAAUUUUGGUCCAGCUAUCGUUUAUACAUUGCGAAUUGGCAUUUUUGUACAUUUGUGUCGUGUCUGCAUAUCAAUGUAUUCUGUGUCUCAACUAGUUUACAAGCUGUGUACAGGUGUUGGUUUGGGUGGUGGAGGUGCAGCUGGGUUAGGGGGUCUUGGGAUGAUGAGAAUUUUGGGUGGAUUCCACAUUUAGAAUCAAUUGCCUUUUUAAUGUGUGCCCUUAGGGUACACAUUAACAAAUCCAUUUUUGGAAAAGUUUUAUUGGGAAUUGAAAAAAUUGUCGAUAAAACUUUUUCCAAAAUUAGUUUAUUAAUGUGUGCCCAUAGGGCACAUAUUAGUAAAAUCCUAUUUAUAAUUAGCCUAAAUGUAAUUAAAAUUUUGUGCUACUGUUC